AUGGUCGAAGCAUACAGUCCCAGCCAGUGGCUUUAUUCCGAGGACUGUGAAUUUGGGGUUUCUUCUCCUGGUCAUGUCAUUGAUGAGCCUAGCAAGACACCUUGCCCACCCUACACCCUGAAAUGGACACUCUGCCAGAAGAAGACGAGGCUCCACAAGCUCACUGGGAAUGCGGUCCAGAAUAUCACAUCCUACCCCAGCAUAUUUUGGGGCGAUGAACUCGAGUCUGAGAUUACAGAUGUCGUGGCGCAGAAGCGACUAGCCAACACCCACGAGGCUGAAGAGACACAACUCGUAUUUUCAAUCAACGCUCGCGGCGAAGAGGCCAUACCCAGGCGUUUCUCGGGGUCCGACGUCAACUGGGCAGAACAUGAAAUAGCCAACCCGCCAAAGAAACGCAAGCAGGUCGAUGAUCCACACAUCAACAUCACCAACGUGAUGCCAGGGAUGGAAGCGACGCCCGUUGCCAAGAAGAUUAGAAUCGUGGGGUGUCGCGACAUAGCCAUACAGCGUUACCGCGACUGGCAUUGCGGUAAAGUGGACGGUCUAGAUUGGAAGGAAGAGUUUCAUGCCAUUGCUCAGCUGACGCUCCAAGCGCGCCUGUCCCUGGAUCGGCUCCACGCGGCGCAAGAAGAACAGGUGAAGUACUUUCUAUCGCACGGGAUAUCCCGCGGUAUAGCGCACCAAUGGGUGAGCAUGGUGGAAGAGUGGUGGGCGGAGACAUCGCAGAUGUAG